AUGGCCAUGGAUCUGUACCUCAGCAACUGCUAUAACACUGCCCAAGCCGCCGCCGCUAAGGCGGCUGCCAGCAGCCUAACUGCCGACAGGGAGCAGUGCGACUCCGUGAGUGGCGACCAGUCGGUCCUCCUCCGGGAUCCGGGGCUGGUCUCGGAAGGGAAGGAGGGCGGGCAGACGGAAGAGGGGGAGAUCUCAGCAGAGCUUUAUCAACCUUCUUAUGACUUUAACCUGACUGAUCCUUAUUGUCAACUUUUGGAAACCAGCUAUAAAAGCCUGCACGAUCCACAUUUAAAAAUAUACUAUAGGCGAAAGGAUAUCCUGAGGAGAUUAAAGAAAGGCGGCUAUGUCACCAGCAAUAAUAAGGUUGUAUGUACCUUGAAGGAACUGAAUAAGUACAGGCAGUAUCUCACCAGUUUAAAAUUAGAUUUUGAAAUAAACUAUAUAAGAGAACAAAAAAUGAUUGAAAAACAAGUAAAUAAGUUGUAUGAAACCAAGAGAGCCUGUGACAAUUAUGACAAUACACAGUUCCAAGAUUGGCUGUUACAGGAAAGUAUACAAACAACUCCAGACCAAGAGCUGUUAAUAAAGCAGAGAUAUUUAGAUAUGAUUAGUAGGGAAUUAAACAAGCUUGAGCACAUGGCAGAAAAGCAGAACAUACUCCAGAUAAAGGAAGAAGAAAGAUGACAUUGGGACCACAUUAGAAGAAAACUUAGUCUCCGUAGACAAAUUGAAGAGGAAUGGAAAACAAAAGAAAUGUUACUUCUGACAAAGAUUGGAGAAGAAGUAAAAAGAGAAGCAAGAGUUGAGGAACAACGUAGAAAAGUCAAAGAAGCAGCUCACCAGAAGAAACAAGCACUUCUAGAGAAAAAAAUCACUUUUCAUUUACAAAAAAUGCAAAGGAAUGACCUUCAGAGAGAAGGAUCGGAGGAAAGUACAUUUGAAAACAAAAGUCAAGAUGAAACAGAAGGUGAGAGAGAGACAAUAAAAGACAAAAUAACUUCUGAAGAACUGAACAGUAUAAUUCAAAAUAUAAUGACCUGCGUUGUGGCUGCAGUGACCAGUGUAUUAUAUCCAGCCAUCACAAAAUAUGAAGAAAGGUCGUGAAAUAUUACAUACCCAAUGCCUGAUGACUCUACCCUGUCUUCUGAUAGUGAGAGUUGCUGUAGCACAUGCCGUGAAACAUUUCUAUAUGAAACAAGUAAGAUGGUUCAGGCAGAGCCCUGUGCAGAGGCAGCUGACAGGUCAAUAGGGCAACCAGUGGCACCGUCAAAAUCAUCUCCUGCCCAUAAAGAAAGAACAGAUGUAGAAAGAACGUAUCAUAGGAAAGAACACUCAGAAAAGAAACCUAAAACCCCCGAACCUAAAUAUAAUGAGAAACGAACCCCCCACAAGCUUAAAACCUGUAAAUCCAAUAGUCACCUUGUUGCACUGAUUGAAACAGGCACGAGGAAAUGUAAAGAUGCUACCACUGAAACAGAUGGCUUAGAACGCCCACUGUCUCCUGAUGAAAAAGCAAAAGCUGUAAAUGAGAUGCAGGAGUUAAAUGAUGUUUUAGUUAACUUUAAAUAUCACCUAAAAGAGGAAACUGAGUUGAUUUUAGGAAACAUUUUUCAUGAAAUGGUGUCUGAAUUAACCCAGACCAUCCCCACCCUUUCCUUUGUUACGGCCGAAGCUUUGGUUGACCAAACUGACACUGACAAAGGAGACUUGCUCUCCAGUGUUGAUAUUUCCUCAGCAGCUGCUGAAAUUAUGGAAAAUGUGCUUGAGAAGCUACAGUCUGCAGUUGAGAAAAAAUGUACCGAGGAAUUUUCACAAGAAAAUGUAUCCGUUCACUUUAAAUCAAACUUAGUUAGUGGAGAACAUGUCAUUUCUCCAAAAGAAAAAACUUCAAAAGCUUCACUGCCCUAUGCUUUGGAAAACAUGAAUGAUAUUGCAGAGAAUAUGGUUCAUGUGAUUUUAGAAAAGCUGACGGCUCUUGCAUCUUCUAAGCAAAGUGAACUUGUUCAUCUUGAAAUCACAACUGAACUGGCUUAUCAGCAACACAGGGAAGAUCCAACAUAUACAUUCCUUCAAAGAGCCAGCAAAAGGAAAUCCAGUGUUGAACCUGAUGCUGCCAAUUUGAUUGGCAAGGAAGAAAUACAAAAUUUAGUGUCAAAUAUUUUUUCCCAGCCCUCUCUGGUUGGUUAUAUAGAGGAAGCAAUCAGCACUAUACUAGGCUAUAUACAAAUUGGACUUAAUAAUGAAAGGCUCAUUGCAACUGAAGAAACAGUGAUCAUCCUUCAGCUACUUGAUGAUAUCUUGGCUCAGCUACAUCAGACACCAGUGAAAACAGAUGUCCAAAAGAGUAGACACUCCAGAAUGAGCAGUCCUUCUGGCACUGAAGAAGAGAACAGAGUCACCAGCACCAGAGUAACUAAUGCUCCUAGGUAUGGGCGCCUAUUUCCACCUAUUAAUGUUCCUGGCAUGGUCCUUUAUUCUGAAGACGAAAAUGAAGAAACAGACAAAAUUGUAGAAAAUGUAUUGAUUUCAUCUAUCAAAGAUGAAAAAGCAAAAUUACAAGAACAGGUUCCUGAUCACUGGUUAACAAAGGAAAAUGCUGGCUUUAAAUACAAAAGCAAUAUGAACUUACCUACAAAGCCUGCUUAUCAAGGCAAAGUAGCAUUUCACGAUCAGGGAUUAAAUACUGACCUUCCAACUUUUAAUAAUAAGGACCUUUUUAAGGACAAGCCUGGUGUGAAAAAAGACAUUUUACUUUUCAGCCAAGAUGAAACGUAUCAAAUACAAAAAGCUUCAGAAAAUAUAGUUAGAAGUAUUUUAGCACAGACGCUCAAAGAUAUAUCUUCUGGGCUCUCUGAACACUUAGAUUAUAAAAAUGGUAGAGAGGCUUCACUUCUUACCUCAGGAAAACCACAAGAUCUGUCACAUCAAGAAUGGAUGGACCAGAUGUUCUCUGUGUCAGAAAUCCAUACAGUAGCUCAAGAUAUUGUAGAUGCUAUAUUAAAAAUACUUCACAUGGCUUCUAGUCACAUUAUCGGAUAUUCUUCAUCAGUACAUCAAACUUCUCUAGAUAAUGCUGACAUACCAAAUAAAGAGCCAUUAGCAACAUGGUUUGAUAGUAAAAGGAAGAAAUUUUUAUCUGCACUUGGCGUAGACUCUACAAAACAUACCUGGUUAGAACCUGGAGCAAGUGGCUCGACAUCUGAACCUGUAGAUCACAUUAAUGAUAAGAUCAUUAACAUGAUUUUUAAGAAGUUGAACUCAUUUAUUUGUCCAAAAUUACAAAACUGCUUCAAACCAGAAAGCCAUGCUGCCCAUUCAAAGCCUGCGCCUGACAAGAAAUCUUUGUCUCGAUCUCACCUUAGUGUUUACACAAUUAAAGUGAUAAAAAUUGUUUUGGAUGCUAUCCAGGAAGAACUACAAUACAAUAAGAAAAAUCUAAAUCUUAGGAAGAGUAGCCCUCCCAAGAAUUUUAGAGAUAGAGGAUUUUUCACUGACACCGAAAAUGAAUUAGACUCUGUUGUCACAAAGCUAAGUAAUGACAUUAUGACAAGUUCAUUAGCAACUUGCAUUUGUGAGGUGUUAAGUGGAAACACAAAUAAAAGCAAUAUUUUACUCCCUUCAGACAAACUAAGGUCUAAAAUCUCAUAUGGAACUGGCGGCAUUGAUCAACAAAAUCUUUUGCCUUCUCAUUGCCAGCACAUGCAGGAGGAAGUUCACCAAUGUACUAGAUUGCAAGUGUUAGAUAGAAUUGGAGAUGCCUUAUAUGACAUGUUAUGCAAGCUCAUAGGAGACCAUCCACAUUCUCCCCUACCUGAUGAGCAAAAUACAGAGGGGAUCAAUAAGAAUUUGAGAACAACCAGUACAUUGCAGUCCAAUAUUAAGCUAAUUUCUCAUACAAUUCUAGAAGGUAUUGUUUCAAAAUUAUGUGGUGUUGAGAUAGAUUGCAUUUUCAAAAAUUCAGAAUUUAAAGCUAUCUCAGAGUAUAUUGACACUGACAGCCUGUCAUUUGCUUUGCUUCUUGAGGAAAUGAGCAGAGGCUCUGACAUAAUCUCCAGCAUGGUGCCCAAUGUGACCUGGCCAGGUAGCCAAGAGGUAACUAACAAAAAGGGAAAAACUACUGCCCCCAAAACAGGAACCACAAAAGAAAAGCAUCUAAAUAAACUGAAAAUCAUGGCUUCAGAUAUCCUUAAAAUGGUUUUUGCUAAAUUGGAAGGGUUUGCCAAUAGAAAUUUAGAAACUCUGGACGCUAUAAUCAGUGGAAAUAAAAAGAACAGCAGGACAUACUGGGAAAGUGAAAAUACCAACAUUUGUGCUAACACACGUGAAAAACGAUUGCAGUCGACUUUAUACAUGCAUGCAGAGAAAGUGUCAAGUACUAUUUUGAAAGCUAUUCAAACUGAAUUAAACGUGAGCUUGCCAGAUUUGGAAACAUGUAUAAGCAAGCCACUACAAGAGAAACAAACGCUUAAGAAUUUAGUCCAUUUCAUUUUGGAUGCAACUUCUCCAGAUAUGUUUAAUGAAACCGAACCAGAAGAGAGAGGCAUUGAAAAUUAUAGAUACAGGCCAACCUAUGGAAAUUUUCUUCCUGGAGGAGCUGACCCAGAGUCAUAUCUAGAAGAUCCUGCAGAAACAGAGAAAGAAAGUGCUGAAGAGGAAAGACCAACAGAAGAAGAAACUAAAUCAGAUUCUCUUAAGCAACGGGAACUCGAAAGAACAUUAAAAAAAUUUGAAGUAGAACUCAAAGAGCUACAAAAGUCCCCAGUCUCCCCAGUCGUGCCCAUUAUAAGAAAUAUUUUGAAUGAAAUUUUUCAGAAUGAUUUAAUUGAUCAACCAAAUGUGCUUCCUCUUCCCCAGUCCCAUUUAUGUGACAUUCCUCAUGCUGGUGAUGAGCCACUUGCUCAAACAUCUGUUCAAUCCCUGGAUAAAACAAUGGGCCCUUUAGUGUCUGAAGCGGAUGUAACCAUUGUUGCAGAUAAUGUUGUUAGAACCAUAUUUCAAAAACUUUAUUCUGCUGCUAUGACAGAUAGAAAUGAAAAUGAAAAUAGGUAUAAUACUAUCACCUUUCCAGCAAAUAUCUCUUUUACUGAACAUACCAGUGGAGGAAAGCCCCCUGUUUAUUCUACCAUACUGGACAGAAAUCCAUGUACACUUCAGUCCACAUUCAAUAUUGGUAAACUGACCAAAAUAAAUGUAGUUGAAGAUAUUAUACAGUCAGUAUUAACAAAUUUAGAAACAUUUGCUAGUACCAAAGUAAAAGCCCUCUUUUGUCCUCUUAUCAAUUUCACAGUUCCAAUGGCUUUACCUCUACAGCAGGAUGAGACUGCUUCAAGCCAACCAUGCUUAUCAACCAAAGAUUCAUAUUCUGAUGACCAAUUUUCUUGUUGCUCAGUGGAUCAUAAUAAAUCAGGAAAGACCACCUCAAUAUGUCAACUGAGUGCCUCUAAAUUAAAUAUAUAUGCAACAGAAGUGGCUAGACAAAUUUUACAAGGAAUCAAACGUAAGUUAGAUAAAGAAAUAAAAAGUCCAUUCUUAACUCAUAAUGUUGUGGCUUCUGAAAGCAUUCCAAGUCAGGUGGUUAACACAAUGUUAGAUACUGUGUCUACUAAAGGCAAAUAUGAAAAGAACAUAUUUGACAGAGAGACUGAUCCCGGUCGGCCAGAAGAUAUUGUUGAAAAGCUGUUCAAUAAAAGUGAUUAUCGAGAAAAACUUCAAUUUCAAAUACUAGAUACCAUUGAAGGUAUCUUAAUUGACAUCUGUGAGGGAACAAUAGAUGAGAAUAAUCUCCCACUUGCUGUAUCCACUCUUAAAUGUAAUGUAAGUGGGAGACAUUUAGAAACAAACUCUGAAAGGGACCCCGAGUAUGCAAAUAAGGCUAUUCUUAGGCUUUUAGUUCCUAAGGAGGAUGUUGCUAUGAUUUCCAACGGUAUGGUGGAUAUUGUUCUUCAAAAUCUCACUUCUGCUAUCAUGCUUGCAGUAAAUGCAAAGGAUUCUAUUUCUCCAAGACUGCCUCUGAUAUUUUCUGACGCAUUUCCCAAAGCAGAGCGUCAACAAUCUCCUGUUAUAGACUCAAUGAAUGAAAGGAAAAGGGAGAGAUUUCCAUUUGCAAGAAAGGAAAGAGAUGUACAGCUGAAAUCAGCUUAUUCUGAUGAUAAUCAGACAACUGUACUUAAGAAACAAGAUGCCAAGAAAUCUGCUGCUGAGCCAUGUGAGGAAAAUGCUCAUUUCAUUACUAAAACUAUUUUGAAUAGAUUAAAAUCUUUUGCCACAGAAAGAAUAGAUUUGCUACUUAUUCCUGAUACGGAGACUAGAGAAAAACCAUAUGUUGGACCAGAAUUUACAAACUGUAAACAAGAUGACAGCGUAUUUCUUGAAUCAAACCAAAUGCCAUUAGAUAUGAAUAUCCUGAAAAUAUCAACAGCUAAAACCGUUCUCAGUCAACAAGUCACAAAUUACAGAUUUGCUAAUUACAGAGAAAAACAUGGACCUGCAAUUCAUGUAUCACAAGCUAGUCUUAAGGAAUAUGCUGACAUAAUCGCCAGUACCAUUUUGACACUUAUAAAAAAUGACAUAUACCUAGAAAUCCAAAAGAUGUAUACAUAUCAAAAUAAUACUUCAUUCCAAGAAAACAUCAUUGCAAGUGAAACUGUCAACAACAUCUUAAAGAGUUUACAUGAUAAAAUAUCUUUAAAGGCAAGUAGCUUUUACUCAAAGCAGGACCCUGGUCUUUUUACACAACUAACUGUACAAAAUGAACUAUUGCCUGGUCAAAGAAAAAUGGAAGACAACACUGAACUGCCUCUCUUUUCAAAAUGCUCAAAUCAAAACCAAAUUAUAUCAGAAGCAGAAAACCAGAGAAGGACUUUGGAAGAAAUUAGAAAUGGAGAAUCUGGACAGGAAAAUAUAACUUCUUUGUUAAGUGUAGUUAAGGAUAUUUUAAAGAAGGUAUAUCAAAGGGUAAUGGAAGAUACAGACCAUUGGCCUCCAUUUAAUGAACUCCCCCACUUUACAUCUGAUUCUAAAGUUAAAACAUCAGCACAAAAAAAAGCCUUCCAGUCACAUAUAAACAGUGUCACAAAUGACAUAGUUGAAAGUGUUUUCAGAAAAAUGUUCUCAAUAAUUAUGACAUCUUUAUAUGAAAACAGUGAGACCAGGGGAGAAUUGGAAGCAUCUGGCAAUGAUGAACUGCUGAUGAAUCCAUCGUGCUUUAGAGAAUUGAAACAAGCAGGAAAAAGAAGUGUUCCCCCUGAACCUGUGAUACCACAAGUUUAUCCUUACACAGGUAUUGGAAGUGUCACUUCAUUGGAAAACAUUUUAUUGCAAUUUUCUCCAUUGCGACUGGGUGAACAAUUGGUCCAAAAGGUUCUCAAAAAGAUCACAGAUUUUGCUUUGCUGAAUCUAGAAGAGACUAGCCCCAAGGGCAGCCCUAAGGCAAGUUUUAAAACAAAUUUUAAAACAAAAUCAAAAGUUACCUCUUUGGCUAAAUUUGGAACAAAACCACAGCUAGGACCUAGUGGAGCUAAAGCCAAAAGAAAAACCAAGUUAGGUCUUAGAGAGAAGACUCUAAGAGGCAACCAGUCCAAGACUUCCAUUGGGCUACCAGGCCUGCUAUCCAUAGGGGAUGCCAAAAAUCCCUCAGUGAGAGCAAAACUCCCCACUGUGGAACUAAAAAUGUAUUCCAGGGAUAUAGUAAGUAAUAUUCUGGAAACAACUGUGAAUGAAUUUCAAGAGGUGAGGCAAAAUAGAGCAAUGGUAAAUGUAAACACUUUACCUUCUGAUCAAAUUGAGAUAGCAAGUGAAAUAGUUGAUGCAGUUUUGCAAGGAUUAUACGCUACGAAGAAUAAUUUGGCCCAUCCAAUAAAAGGCUCAUACUCAGAUGAUCUCAAACUUUCACAGGGAUAUUUUAGUACAAUCUCUUUUGCAAAUCCAGAAGCCCACUUCUCUUCGGAGAAUGUUUCUUCACAACUAGAAAAAAUCUUUCCUAAAGAAAAUAUUUUUAAACAAAUGUUUGAUAAAUGGCAAACAGAACCAAGUGACAUGGAUAACGAAAAAUAUAAGCUAUCGGCGAUAGCUGAGGCUGUUUUGAAUGAAAUUUCAAUGAAAGCAAAAGAAUUAGAACAAUCUGUUUCACUUUUAAGUUUGUCAGUUCUUGAGCCUUGUGAAAGCAGGCACUAUAAUUUUAAAAGAGCUGCUUCUAGAGUUGAGGAUUCCCAAACACAAAUUAAUACAUUUGGCCAGGAAAUUGUUGAAAAACUAUUCGAAAAAUUAGAGUUGUGCUUCUUGACUCAGAUGUUCACAACAGAUAGUAAAGAAACACUAGAAAGCAAGAAAGAAACUGCUGCUACAAGUAAACGUAGUUCCUUGAGAACAAACAAUCUCAAUUAUGUACCAACUUAUAACACAAAGUUGAAAGACAGAAAACUGGGGAGCUCUGGCCACCAAAUUGCUCAAGAGAUCUUGGAAGGGGUUCUGAACACCUUACAGUCAUUUGUAGACCUACAGUUUAAUGUCUCUACAUAUGCUUUUUCUGAAAUUGUGAGAACACCUAUUGAAAACUUUUUUGCUGUGUAAAGGAAACCAUUAAUGAAAACAAUAUUGCCCAAGUUACAAACACUGAAUAAAUUUCCUGAUGAAUCUAUAUCAAGUAGUAUGAUUUCCCAGGAAAACAUACAGAUUACCCUUCAACAGCUUUACUCAUUCCAUUCAGAAUUGCUUACUUAUACUGUUAAUACUGUCAAUGACAUGCUUAGUAUAAUUAAGAUAGACAAAGAAAAAUGCCAUGAGGAACCAUCUUCAAUUAGCAUGUUUGAAGAAAAUAUUGUAGCAAGUCAGAUCAUCAGCACACUGAUGGACCAGUGCACUUAUUUCUAUGAGUUGAUGAGCAAAAGCCACCCAAAGGAAAAUCUGCUCCAAGGAGCUAAAAAUGCCUGCACUGCUAACUGGUCCAGAUUUGCAACUGGAAUGGGAAUGUCCACUUCAAAGUCAAAGGGAAUUAGCUUCUGGGAUGAUCCUCCACAAAUCCCUGCCUUGUCUUAUUCAGAGGAAGAUAUGAAAAUAAAGGACAAGACUUCCUCAAAUAUACCUUCAGAUGUCAGAUACUCUGCAGGAAAUUCAACUAAAACCACAGAGCCAAUGGAAGGGCUUGAAUCAGACCUUAAACCAUCAUCUUCUAGAAGUGAAGCUCAAGUCUUCAGCCACUUUGAUCAAGCUGUGAAAGGAUACUGCUCUCUCCUCGAAGGCACUGUCUUACAAAAAUCAUCUCAGAAAUCUAGUGACUCUGCACAAGCAGCACUAGAGCACCCCAUGUCCUUCAGAGAAAUGGAAGAAGGUGAAAAUCAAAGAGUGCUUCACUAUGAUCCCCCCAAACCAGUUGUUAAUCCAAACCAAAUACAGACAACCAUUUCUCCACUCAAAAUAUGUUUAGCUGCAGAAAAUAUUGUCAAUACCAUGCUGUUGAGUUAUGGCCUUUCAAGUCAACCCCACACACUUAACGAAAGUAUGGAAACUAUGAAGCCAUUUUUUGUAUCAAAGGAAAGGCCUUUCUCUGUAAUGUGUGAAGAACAAAAGGAUGAGAAAAGCUUGCUUAAAAUAUGGGGGAAAAGAAACAGCUAUGAAAUUGAAGAAGAAAACAAAAGCUUUGUGGCAAGUGGAGAAGAUUCCACUUUACUGGAAAAGUGAAAAAAUAAGUACACAAAGUUAGAGAAAAUAGCAACUCUCGAAGAGGCUGAGGUCAUUGCUUUUGCAGAUCAGAAACUGGGACAUGAAAUCCAUCUAGCAGCAGGAUAUGUUACUAUAUCUGUGGUCACACAUUUCAAGAACUUUGAAACCAGAGUGUCUAUUAUUUCCAUGCUGUUAAGCAAAAAAUACGAAUCAAAACAGCCUCUAAGAAGCAUAAACAGUGAUUCUUCACAACUUUGUGAACAUCUCACUGAAUUGGUUAUUUCCUAUAUAAUUUCAAGCAUUUCUGAUUGCACUGAAGAUGGUGGAACAAUACAGAAGUCACUGGAAAACCAAGAUGCAACUUUUAGCAAGAUUAUUUUAGUUCAUUCCCAAGUGUUUGAGAGUCGGUCAAUUUCUAUCAGAGGACUUGCUUUAAGCAUUUCUGAAAUCAUUAUUCGAAGCCUUUUAAAUAGUGACAUUUUAAAGGCAGACGUUACACAAGUGGUUUCUGUAAAAGCAAAAUAUAUUUAUUGCCCAAAACCAGCUGUGGCUGACUUCAGCGAUCUCUUUCAGGAUCUCUUAAUAGGAGUAACCCAUGUUCUGUCCAAAGAAAUAGGAAUAAAUCAUCACCUUGACAGCAAAGGAAGAAACAAAUCACCGUCCACACCUAAAAGCCAUAGUUUGCCCAUUUGCAACAAAACCAAAACUAUGAAAAGACAGAUAGGUGCCAGAGGUUGGAAAUCAGCUCCUACUCACCAAAUUAAUCAAGUAGCACAGAAAAAUAAUUCUCUAGACAUUCUGUUUGGCAGCCUAAGAACUCAUGAAUUCAAAGAAGUAGUCAACAAAAUUUUCAAUAUUGUUUUCAAUUUGUUUUUGCCAGAUGAAUGCCCAAAUUGGGAUACAGAUUCUGGUAAAAUAGCAAGAGAAAUGUUCCUAUCUUCAAGUCAUAGAAUUCCUAGAAAUAACCUAGGGCUCUCCCCCAAAUCAGCUUUUCUUCUGAAUGUUGUGUGUGAGAAACUUAUUAGAAUACUCUUGGAAGAAUGCACAACCAACAACUUCCUUACAGAUGGUCCUCUUUCUGAUGAAAUAUCAACAGAAUGUCAACUGUUCAACAUACUUCAAAAUGUAGAGGAUUAUUGCAGGGGAACAAUGGACUAUGGCUUACCAGUUGAAGGAUAUGACAUAUCAGACCUUUUGGAAAAUCUGGCAGAAAUAGAUCAAGAAUCUAUGCUUAGUAUUAUUUCCCAUAGCUUGGUAAAAUCCUUAAUGGAAAAAUUGUCAUGCGGUAUACAGCAACCUCCCAGAAGUCUACCACUUACAAACAAGCAUUUAACAUAUAGGACAAGAGAGAGACCUCCUAGUUUCCCAAAAGCAAAAAGGCCAGAAUUAAAAGAAUCAAGACAGGGUAAAGACUCUGUGAGAUUCAUGAGUUAUGACAGCAAGCCUCUGACAGGACCAUUGAAUAAUCGUAGGGUGAUUCAUUCCAAAAUGCAAACCCCAUUUCGUAAGCAAUUUUCAGGAAAAUUCCCUUCUCUACCUCCUCUUCGAAGACCAGGUAAAAAGGAAUUGAAUGCAACAGCCUUUCUUAACAUGCGAUAUCCAGGAGGCAUGAACACAAGAGUGUACUCUGCCACAUUUCUGGAGGAAAUAAUUGCAGACAUUUUUCUUAAUCUCACCACCUCAGUGCAGGGCAAAAAUGUAAAUAUCACUGAAGCCCAGCUCAACGAGAUGAAUAUAUUAGAUGUCAACUCUGUGGUGAAUGAGUUUAAUAAUGCUCAAGUCACUGUUGAAGAAAGGAUAUGUUUUCCACCAAUCUAUAAAGAAACUGUUAGUAAGAUUGUUGACUCUGUUUAUAAUGAUGUAUUGUGGCACUAUGCAUUUCAAGUUACCUGUGGCAAUCAUCUGGCACAUGCUGCCACGUCAAUAGCAGAACAGAUAACUAAUGGCACAUUGAAAGAGAGUAUAGACUACCAACUCCCAUUGUGCUCUGUUGGAAAGCUCAUGCCUAAUUCAUAUUACCCUCUCAAAGCUGAAAAUAUACUACAGAAACUUCAAAACAACCUGAGUGAACUUAAUUACCAAGGUCAACAUUCAACAGGCUAUAGUACCAUCCUAACACACGCAUUUUUAGAAGAUGUCAUCAGAAGACUAUUAUCUCAGCUCAUUCCUCCACUCAGCGAGGCUUCAUGCUUGGGAAAGAAAUACUUAAUGACUUCGGAUUUUAAUGAGAUGGCCACCUAUAUAAUAAAUAAGGUUUUGUUAGCCAUUUCAAAGCAUAAGAUUUGGCUCACUAAAUACGAUUGUCAAUAUCUAUAUACAGAAAAAAACCUUCAAAAUAUGGUGGAGUCUGCUUAUAAUAAUAUUUUGCAGAUGUCUGGCUUGCUUGUGGCAAUACAGAAAAGUAUAGAAAGCCAAAGCCCAAUAAUGGUUGACCGAAUGGCCAGUCUUAUUAUUCAAGAGAUUAUUGAAAAUCAUCUUCAACCCUUUUUGUGUGAAGAGGGCUUACCUCAUUCAACGACUCCAUUGGAUGAAAUAUCAAAUAUGGUUAAAGAGGUUCUCAGUGAAGUCACAGGGUCACACAGACCCCAGAAGCCAUCAUCACUAGGUAUGGACUUUUAUCCUAAUGCAUUUGUAGAAGAAAUUGUUGCCAGACUAUUUUCAAAGCUCUUCGAUCCAAAAUAUAACACUGAGUGUGAUUUGGAUGAAGUGACCCAAAAAAUAGUAAACUCAAUAAACAACCAUUUUAACAAAGCUAAAAUCUGCAUUCUUCAUGAUGACCAAGAGCAGCCAUUCCCCACUGUAGAUACAGACACUGUGGAUGAACUUGUCAAUUCAGUUUACGAAAGUGUUCUGAAACAGCAUGGGCUGGCCCCUGAGGUUGAUAAUAAAGAACUCAAAGACAGUGAUAUUUUUGUGGAAAACAUUACCAAUUUAAUCAUAGCAGCCAUUUCUGAUUAUCUUUUUCACCCACUGUUUUCUGGGGAUUUGUCGGCUUCUUCCUAUGCUACUUUAACAGCAGAAAACAUUAUUCAGAACAUCUUUUGUGGCAUCACUGAACCUACCCAGCCAAGCCAGCAUUUAUCUCCAUAUAACACCUUGUUGCCAUACACAUUUUUAGAAGACAUAAUCAGAGUAUUAUUAUCUAGAAUCUUUCCUUCUUCAUCUAACAUGGUUCUAUACAGUGAAACUCCAAAAGAUAGAUCAGGAAUUCAUCACAGUGAAAUCUCUUCAAAGUUAAUCAGUGAUAUUAGGAUGAAAAUUUCCCAACAUGAAAUUCGAUUUUCAAAAGAUGAAGAUGAAACCGAAUCUGUUUAUUCAGAGGAUGAUGCUCAGCGUCUCAUUGAUUCCACAUUCAGAAAUAUCUUGCAAAACUCUGGGUCUCAAGAAGCAGUUGAGCAUGAUAACACAAGCAGUGACAAUGUUCUUAUUGAUAGAAUAGCAGGUUUUAUCAUUAAAAAUGUCUGUCAACAACAUCUUCAUCCAUUUGUGUAUGGGAAGUUGUCAUUUCCCUCAUCAUAUGCAUACUUUGAUAGUAUGAGAAGAAGGCAAUGUUUUUUUGCCAGUGUUUACUCCUCAGCCUUUUUGGAAGAUGUGAUCUCUGGGGUUUUAAGCAAAAUAUUCCACAGGGUAUUAGGUAUUGUGCAAACAAAAUCACUAAGAGAUUCAGAAAAAGAACUGUUGGAAACAGCUGAAAAACUCAUAUAUUUGAUAACGGAAGAAUUCUCAAAAGUUCAAGUUAGCAUCCUAGAAAAUGCUAAGGAACAAUUGUGCUUGCCCCUAGUAGAUAGAGACAUAGUGAUAAAAAUUAUUGACACGGCAUAUAGCAAAGUUUUACAAGAAUGUGAACUGGAACCUAAUAAAGACCUUCUCAGUGACACCAAGACACUGGCUGAGAGGGUAACUAAAAUUAUCCUGGCUGAAGUUCUUGAUUUCCGAAUUCCUCCAUAUUUCAUAGCAAAGCUGCCUCUUAAAUCAUAUUCAAAACUCAAUGCUGAUGUUUUGAUAAAGAGAGUUCAUUAUGCGAUCAGUAAAUCAAGACUCCGAAGACAGACUUGUACAAUAUAUACCACCAUAUUAUCAUAUACACAUUUGGAAAAAAUAGUCACUCGGGUUUUAUCUCAGAUAUGUCCAUUGAACUGCAGUGCAGAAGACCCAUACCUUUCGCAGUCACACUUCAGCAACACAGUUGUGAGACUGAUCGAUGAAAUCAUGUCAAUAAUUUCUAAACAUGCAAUAUGCAUUAUUAAAGAUGGAAGUGAAAAACAAAAUGUGAUUUCAGAAAAAGAUAUCCAGGCUAUGGUUGAUGCCAUUUAUAAUGACAUUUCUCAUUCAAAUCUAUACCAGUCUCUUUGAAAAGAUAAAAAAGGCAUAAGUAAUAUACCUGUUACCAAAAUAGCGAGUUAUAUAAUAAGGGAAAUAUUUAACCAUCAUCUUGAGUCAUUCUUAUCUGGAGAUAAAACUCUUCCUUCAGGUACAGUGGAUCACACUUAUCAACAGAGCGCAAUAGAUCCUAAACAAAGAGAAUUAUCUUUCAUGGUGAAUUCGGCCGUCUUUUUGGAGGAAGUAAUUUCUGAGCUUUUAUGCAAAGUCCUUUAUGUAUUCUCACAUAAUGUCCUGGCUGUCGAAAACCCAUGUAAAGCAAACGCCAAUGUUACUGAUAUUGUUACAAGAUUAGUAAAAUCAAUUGUGCUGGAGUUCACCACAUCACAAAUUUUAGUUGCAGAUCACUUGGAUGAAAAUCUGUAUUUUUCAGAAGGAUAUAAAGAAAUGGUUAAAAAAACUGUCAACAUUAUUUAUGAAAAAGUAUUAGAUGAUUAUCGAUCUCUGGUUCAUGUUUAUAGAGCUAUACAAAAUGAUGCUGAAUUUGGGGAAAAAAUGUAUUAUUUACUGUUAGGAGAAAUUUAUGAUUAUCAGGUGGAGUCAUUAGUUACAGGAGAAUUAGCAACUUCUUCCUAUUCCUCCCUCCAAGAGGAGAACAUCAUCAGAAAUGUACUUGACACCAUCAAUGAUAGCCAUGACUUGCCAUCAUGCAUCACUGUAUUGCCUCGUUCCCUUUUAGAAGAUACGAUUUACAAGCUUCUAGCACAUAUGUUCCCUUCAUCUGAGACUGAAACAGAACCAAAUGAGGAAGAGGUGCCACCAGAUUAUGAGUUUGUGAAUAGUGCUUCAAAACUAACUGAUGAUAUCAUAACAGAAAUUUCUGAACAUGAGAUUAGACUUGCCAAGGCAGAGGAGCAUGUGGAGAGUUGGCAAUUAGGGGCAAUCGAUAACUUCGUUGACUCCAUAUGUAACAAUAUUAUUUAAAAAAUUAAGUUUGAAGAUGAAGUACAGAAAGAUACAUGCAAAAGAGGAGGCUCAUUCCUCGGGAGAAUAGCUGGUUUCAUUAUGAAGGUAAUUGUGGACCACCAUCUGCACCCAUUUUUAUGUGAGGAAGAAUCAUUUCCCAGUGACUUACCCCAAAAUGACCAUGUCACUGAACUCUUGAAUCCCAUGAAAGAAAAAAUACAGUCCUUCCCACAGGUUUCUGUAUACUCUGCUGCAUGUUUGGAAGAUGUUGUAAUUGACCUUGUUCGCAAAUUUUAUACUCUACCAAGUAUUGCUGAAAAUCCUAAGGACGAAGAGAUAUCAGAAAGAGAUAUCAUGGGCCUAGCUAUAAAAUUUGCAAAUGCCCUGAUAGGGGCAUUUAGGAAAAGUGAAAUUAAAGUUCUAGCAAAUGCUGAAAAAAUGUUUCCAUUUCCACCGAUAAAGAGACAAGUCGAUAAAGUAUCUGAUUCUGUGUAUGAUGAGGUCAUAGACAUAUAUGGAUCUAAAAAUGUUCAGAAACAUGAUAGAAGUAACAUUGUUAUAGAGAUGAUUGCUGUUUUGGCCAAGAAGGCAAUCUCUGCUUUCCAGAUUCAACCACUUUUUUCGGGAAGCUGGUCUUCCACCUUCUUUUCAUUUCUAGAUGUGGAUAGCAUCAUCCAAAGAGUUCAACACCUACCAUAUAAAACCUUUACAAAGAUAAACAGAAGCUUGAAGGAGAACCCAGUUUCUUCACUAGAACAAUUAUCUACACUUAUUCCUCUAACCUCAGACCUGAAAGACAAAAUGGACACUUUGGAAAUAGAUGGAAGAGCACUUAAUGGAAAAGAGAACUUCAAAAAGGAGAAGACACCAAUGAAAACAGGCAGCAUCCAGAAGCCAGUAUGUACCAAUAUACAUAGCAUUAUGAAGAGCGAAGUAACUACCCUAGCAUCAGGGUCAGUUGGAGGUGUGCCAAAGGAAAAGAAAGAGGAUGAAAAGAAAAAGGAAAGUUCAACUGGAAAAGAUAAUGAGAAGGUAUCAAAACUCACUUCAACAACAACCAGUGUGAAAAGUAAAGAUACUCAGGGGCCAGAUUUGGGUACAGCACUUACAAAGAAUGAAAUCAAGAAGAAAGACUGUUUGGCUAGAAAAGAUGAGAAAGGGCGAGGUGAUGAGGUAUACCAAAAUCUUUCACCAGCUAUCGAUGAUACAAAAAAACAACGUGUCCUGGAACCAGAUUUUAAAAUAGAUGAUAAAAAGAAGAGUGACAAGAAAAAAGAAAGUUCAUUAGGAAAAGGGGAUAGACCUUUUGAAUUACCAUCUCUGAGAUCCAAGGUGAGAUAUAGAGAGAUCCAAAAGAAGAGAAGAGAUUCUCCAGCUUACGCAGUUACAGAUGACAAACAGAUCUUGCAUUCUAAACAUGCCCAAAACGUCACUGGAAUCAUUUACAGAAAUGUUUUAGAAAUAUCUUCUUUCCAAGGACCAGUGGAUGACUCAAAAUCCCCAAAUCCUCUAGGUGAUAAAGCAGCAUAUGUAACUCAAGCGGAUGGCAAGGAUUUUGCACAACCUGCUUCAAUGAAUUCAGCUAAACAGAAUGCUCCUGCAAAAGAGGAAGAGAAUGAGAAAAGUAAAGAUAAAGAGAUUAAAAGUACACCUAGUAAACGGGACAAUCCUCAGAACCCACCAGAAAAUAAACCCGGGAUUUUCCCUGCUAACUUUUUAGAAGAUGUUAUCUCUGAAAUAGUUAACAAAUUGAUUUUUUCUUCCUCAUCGGAUACAGAUGAUGCAUGUCAAAAUGUAAGCAAAGGUGUAAAUCAAGCUGAGCUCUAUGACACGGCUAUGAAACUGAUUGAUUCCCUGUUAAAGGAGUCUUCAGAUGCUCAAAUUAAAGUAUUAAACCCAGAUCAAGGAAGUAGGUUCCUACCAUCUGAAGAUAACAUUUCAUCAGUUCAUAAAGUACCUCUCAGGCAAAAAGAACUGUCUGUGGAAAAAAGACCUCCCAAGAAAAAGAUAAUUAUGGAUAAUAUACCACCCAUGCAUAACAUGGCACCUGCAACUAAAAUACCUUCUUCAGAUCAGGCACCUUUUAUGGCUAAAAUACCUUCUUCAGAUCAGGUACCUUUUAUGGCUAAAAUACCAUCAAUCAAUAAAAUGUUGGUCAAUAAGAUUGUUCACCCCUCUAUAUGCAAUAUUUUGCAGGAAUAUAGAUCUCAAGACUCCAUUUGCGAGGACAUAAAGAGUAAUGUUGAAAAAUUAGCAAGAAGGCUAGCUAAUGCAGUAAUAGAAGAAAUUUUUCAGCAUCAGCUCAACUUGCUACUUUAUGAUGAGACUCCAGAUUCAGUAUGUUUGCCUCUAGAAUCUAAGGAGGUUAUGAAAAAGGUCCAUAAGGUGGCCCAAACAGCCUGCAAAGAAUGUUAGACAUCAUCGCCAUAUACCAUAAUGCUGCUUUAUGAAUUUUUAGAAAGGAUAAUUUCUUCAUCAAAAAUUUUCUCAGCAGUAGCCAACGCUAAAACAGAAAUAUCUGAGGAUAAUUUGUACACAGAAUUGGAUUUCCUUCAAAUGAAAUGAGCAAGUAUAGUUAUAACAGAGAUCUCCAAAGAUGAAGAUAUGAUUAUACAGUAUGUAGAAUCUUUACAUCCUAAUGAUGAUGAAAUUAUUCAAUUAGUGGUUCAGACUAUUUAUAAUAAUCUUUUGCAACAAUUUGGAUCUCAAGAGAGCAUACAGAAGUGUGUCAGCAGUGGUUGCAAAAUCCUUUCAGAAGGCACAGUUAAUUUAGUUGUACAAGAAGUGACCAGAAAUCAGUUACAGAACUAUUUUUCUGGAGAACUAACGCCACUUCAGUGUACAGAAGUUGACAGUGUUGUUGAAAAUAUCCUUAAAGACGUUAUCCAAACCACUGAAAUUCCCCAGCCUCAGCCAUCACAGGCUUACAAACUGCCUUUUAACAUAACAGAAGAAAUUGCUAAAAAUUUUUUGUCAAAGCUUCUAUUUAAGUUUCCAAAAGCGGAUAAGGAACAAAACAAUUCUCUAAAUGCUGAAAUGCAAAAAAUAAGCUCAAAAAUCUUAAAUUCAUUCCAAGAAUAUAUCUCUAAAAGUCAGAUUACAGUAGUACCACAGGUCAAAGAAUCAUCCACUGUAUCUUUAGCAGACAGUGCGACUAUUGAAAAAGUAGUUACUUCUGUUUAUAACACUGUUUUAAAGCACUCUGGCUCCCAUAUUUCAGUGUAUAAAGAUUUAAUGGGUAAGAGCAAUGUCCUCUCUGAUAUAAUAGGAUUUUUAAUGGUGAAGGAAAUUUCCAAUUCAGAAUUUCAUUCUCAAGUAGAGGAAGAAACAUCAAGUUCAGAGUUAGCUCUGGAAGCUGUCAAAAUUAUGGAAAAGGUGGUUAAGAUUAUUGAUGAUCUUAAGUCGAAGAAAAAACCUUCAUCCAAAAGAGGUGUAUUAGAUGCCAGCUUUUUAGAGGAAACACUUGCCUUGUUCUUGGCUAAACUAGUAAAGUUGCCAAGUGCCUCAAGCAAAGAUGCUAAAAACUUAUCAAAGCCUGAGUUAAAUAAAAUUGCAUCUCAAUUGACAAAAUCCGUGACAACUGAAAUUUCCAGAAAAAACAUUAGUAUUGUAGCUGCUAAUCCUGAAGAAAAAUUUUUAAAUCCAGAAACUAUAGAAAUUAUUUCUCAGAUGGUCGAUUCUGUUUAUAAUCAUGUACUACAACAAUCUGGAACACAUGAAGAACUUUAUCAUGACAUGAAAGGUACAAACCACAUCUUUCCUAAAGAGGUGGCUUCUUUAAUAAUCAGGAAAGUUUCCAAUUGUCCAUUAGAAACAAUUAGCCCAGAAGAUUCACAUGCUAAUCUCUUUGGUGAUCUGGACGUUGGUCGAAUUGUUGAAAAGGCGCAUGAGCAUGCUGUCAAAAUGGAACCUGAGCUAGAGCAAAAAGGGUUAGAUCAAGGUUUAAGGCAAGAGGAGCUUUCAGUUAGGAUAAUUCCUCACCGUGGGAAACAACCCAUCAAUAUUGAUCCAGACAUUGUUGCAGAACACUUAGGGGUCAUUUCUAUAAAAACGCAAUCGCUUAAGAAGCUGCAGGUGGAGUGUUUAGCUAGAACUGGACACAGCAUUGAAACACUGAGAAGAGGGUCAAUAAGUGGGAAGAGUUACUCAACUGAUACACCUGAUACGAGAAAGAGAAAGAAAGAAAAACGCAUCUCUUUGGAUCAGGCGGGACGACUGAACAUAAAGCCGUUAGAGACUGCUAGUAGGAAUUCAUUUCAGAGUUUAAUAAAGCCUGACAUCACCAAAGUGGAGCUUUUAAAAGAUGUCCAAAGCAAAAAAGAUCGUAUCAUUCGGUUGAUAACUAAUGAUAUUAAUCAAGAAGUUUUACAAAAGAAAGCAGAAGAAAGCUUUACUUCUGAUGAAGAUGAAGUUGUUUUACAAGAGGUUGUAAAAGAAGAAUUUCCAGAAGGCCCACCUGAAAAUCAAAUAAAAGAAGACGUGAAGCCUACUGCCAGCACAGGGGCUUUCCCCAAGCCACUGAUGAGGAAGAGCAAUCUGAAAAAAUUUUUGUCACUCGGAAAAUGUUGUCAGCCAAAAUCCAGUGUAACUACAAUUACUGAAGCAUCACCAGCUCAACAGACAGAAUCUGAACAGACACAAAUAAGAACUGUUUCUAAAGUUGAUGUAACUACCUCAAAAUUCUCGACUGACACAAACUCUUCCUCUUGGCAGAAAAAGACACAACUGAGCGGAAUAGAAAUGAAAUCUAGCACCAAACCGACACAUUACUUCAUACAUAGAAUUAUGAGUUCAUCCUCAUAUAAUGAAGAGGAUCUGCCUUCAUUUUCUCGGUACAACUCUGAAAAGCCCAGUACUUCCAAACAGGGGUCUGAAAUGAUGAGGAAGGUAUCAUCAGCUCUCUCCAAAGUGUUUUCAAGAUCUAAUGCCAAUGUUCCCAAAUCUUCCUCACCCUAACCCCCUCACCAAGACACAAGCUGA